AUGGACGAUACCACGAUAAUCUCACCAUGGCAUGCUGUAAGGCCCAAGGCGGAAACUGCGUUCAAGCGUUACCUCCACCUGUUGGCUGUCAGGAACGACUGGAACACUGAUGAAGUGAGGGCUUUGGAGAAUUCUGGCGUCAGUGAUGGCUUUUUAGAGUCAUUUUGGCAUGCCCAGAGAACUAACUGGAGAAGCCCAAUCAGAGGCGAGACUUUGGAAGAUGCAGUACCUGCCGAUGUUCUAGAGGCUGAAGUCAAACGGGUUGCUCGCCAAAGUAUCUAUCAGCAUGUCGAAAAAAUCAACAGGUUGCUUAAGGACACGGCGCCUGCGAUGAACGUACUUGACUUCUUCGGUGUGCCAAGUUUGUCCGUGAUCGACUACAGGAAAGAAGUGUUGAGCGUGCAAGUCCUCGCAUCCCAAUCCAUUAAGGGCCGACCUGAAUGGGACGAAUUCAAGCAAGAAAUCUUGCAGAAGCUAGAGCCAUGCCACCCCAACGCCUCUUGUACUGCCAACCCCUUUGUCGACAGUCAUUCUGAGGCCAAAAUUGAAUCACCACCCGGUUCCCAGACUCACUUAAGCACCUCCGUUGCUGCCUGGCAGCUAGUAAUAGAUCAGCCACAGGUAGGACCGAGGAUCAUUGCUUCUUCUACUUCCCAAUGCCCUGGGAUUGUUAAGGCGCCGUUGGCAACUGAAUUCCAGGUCCCACGUUUGCCUGCCACCAAUGGAGGAAUAGUGCAGCUCCCUCAUAUUGCACCCAGCAGUGAAAGCGCCAGCGCCAGCGGAAGGAGGACCAAGGGUGGCAACAGUGUUAAGUUGAGCCCCAGGGCCGGUAAACUGGCCAUGAGUGCUGGAAGCUGGACAAGCGUUCAUUGCUCGACCCAAGCCGACAAUGAGACAAUGACGCUUGAACAGUUGUGUCAAGAACUGGCAGAUACCUCACUUACUUCACUUGGAGCACCGGUUUUCGUGAACAAACCGUCUGGUAGGCCAACAGUAUCAUCGACAGACUCCAUCUCCCAGGUGGCUCUGUAUCCUUCAUCAUCAGGCCAGCUCGCUGGGUCAUAUAGCCGCCACCGAACCGAUGGCCCCCCAAGCGUAGUAGCCUCCAGUUCAACCAGCUCCGACCUAUCGAUGCUCUUGCAAUCCAUCAGCGACAAAAGCUCCACCCAAUUUAGUGAAGCCGAUAUCAACGCCAUCAGCGCCCUCUGCCUCAAUGAGAAGAUUGCUGUGGAGGAUCUUGCUCAAGUCCUCAGGUCCCAUUUCUCAAUCAGUAAGGCGUUCGUCCGUUGUCUCAUUCAGAUGUGCGAGGCUUGGUUAGAAAAUCGCGAUUAA